AAAUUAGUCACCUGUGAUGUACAUCAUAGCCUUUUGUUUUAGUGAUGGAAGCAAGGCUGAGAGCAAGUCCAGAACAAUUCUCUGUUUUAAUAGACUUCAUGGAAAGACAUGGAGAUCUGUCAAGACCCCAGUCAGGUCUUCAAGGACGGCUUAAGUGUGAUCAGCUGUGGCAGCAACUAGCAGAUAUAUUAAAUUCCCUUGGAGGUGGUGUUAAAAAAUCAUCAUAUAAAUGGAAAAAAGUAUGGGCUGACUGGAAAACCAAAACAAAAAAAAAGUAUUUAAGCUUAAGGCUUCAAGCAAGUCGCACUGGUGGUGGUCCAAGCAAGAAAAUAAAUUUGACUGCCUUAGAAGAAAGGGUGGUGGCAGUUAUUAAGGUUUCUACGGUGGUUGGUCAAGCUGGCGUUCAAGAGCAAGGCUUUCAACCUGAAAGUGCUAUAGACCACACACUUGAUAUUUUGUUGGAGGACCACAAUAGCCAGAAUAUUGCAAUGCCUAUACAUGCUUCGCAGCUACAUCUUAAAAUUAAGCAAGAGCUACGUGACAAAAUCGAAGAAAAUAUGUUAAAUACCAACAAUGAUGAGAUGUUAGUAACUAAUUCUUAUCCACAAUCUAUGUCAUUACAGUCAACUUCUCCAAGACCAUCUUUACCCACUUCCUCACCCUCUCCGUCUCCCCACCCCUUGCCAUCCCCUCAACCAAUGACUUCCAAAGAAUUGUGUUAUUGUCAGACAACUAAUAAAAGAUUUCAAGAAGAUGCUGAUGAAUCCUUUCCUGAAUGUUCCAUAGCUAAAAACAGUAAAGUAGAAGAAUAUAAUGCUAAAAAAGAAGCUAACAAAAUGUUUUUAUUAAGUUUAGUUCCGGAAAUGAAUGAAAUGUCUCCGAGUCAAAUAAGGAAGUUCAAGAAAAAAGUCAUAGAUACGAUAAAUGAUAUAUUAGAAAAUACAACCACCUAAGUAGCGAAGCUACGUAAUCGGAAAACAGUUAACAAUUAAAAGUCAACAAAAAUAAAAGUGAGUUUUCGUACGAAAUACAAUAAUUUAUGUUGUAUAAAUGUAAAUAAACAUGAGAGAAUUUGAUGUUAUAAGAUGAUAUAAAAUUAAUAAAAAAAAUAUAUUUGAAAUCUCGACUUCAAAGUUCAUUGAUGCACUUGUUGCAUGCCUCAUCAAUUUCGAGGUCUAAAAAGAAAUUGUAAAUUAAAGUAUAGUUAGUUAAUCCAUAAUAUCGUUUGUCUUACAUAUUUUAUGCUUUUAUAAUGACAAUAAUUUGAAAUCUUUGUAAAACAUGA